AUGGCGUCCCGCUCAUCUAGAUUGCUGCCGGCCCUGAGGACGACUCGGCGGCAGGCUCUGCUCAACACGACGCGCUGCGCAGCUCAGCUUCCCGUCACGGCGGCUCCACUACGAUGCCUCAGCACAACCGUCUCACGGUCCGCUUCGGAGCAGGCUUCGGGUCUCAAGCAGAUCAAGCUGACGUCCGACUCGUAUCCCGACGUGAAGCGCGACGCGAGGUUCGGCCAGGUCACGCCGGAGCAUGUCGCAUUUUUCAAAGACGUGCUGGGUCCCUCUGACCUCCAGGCUUUCAACGAGGACUGGAUGCGCAAGUACCGCGGCCAGAGCAAGCUCUUGCUCAAGCCUGCGUCGACGGAGGAGGUCAGCAAGGUCCUCAAGUACUGCAACGACAACAAGCUGGCCGUCGUGCCCCAGGGCGGCAACACGGGCCUCGUCGGCGGCUCGGUGCCCAUCUUUGACGAGAUCAUCAUCAACAUGAGCCGCCUGAACAAGAUUCAGUCGUUUGACGACGUCAGCGGCACGCUCGUCGUCGACGCCGGCGUCAUUCUCGAGACGGCCGACCAGUUCCUCGCCGACAAGGGCUACAUCUUCCCGCUCGACCUCGGGGCCAAGGGCUCGUGCCACGUCGGCGGCAACGUGGCCACCAACGCCGGCGGCCUGCGCCUGCUGCGCUACGGCAGCCUGCACGGCAACGUGCUCGGCCUCGAGGCCGUGCUGCCCGACGGCACCGUCGUCGAGGACCUCUGCACGCUGCGCAAGAACAACACGGGCUACGACCUCAAGCAGCUCUUCAUCGGCGGCGAGGGCACCGUCGGCAUCAUCACCAAGGUGUCCGUCAUCUGCCCGCAGCGGUCGAGCGCCGUCAACGUCGCCUUCUUCGGCCUCGCGUCCUUCGACAAGGUGCAGCAGGCCUUCAAGGCGGCCAAGGGCCAGCUGUCGGAGAUCCUGUCGGCCUUUGAGCUCAUGGACGCCGGCAGCCAGCAGCUCGUGCACCGCGUGCGGCGCGACGCCAAGCGGCCCCUCGACGACGAGCACCCCUUCUACUGCCUCGUCGAGACGAGCGGGUCCAACGGCGACCACGACUACGAGAAGCUGGAGACGUUCCUCGAGCACGUCAUGUCCAACGACAUCGUGUCGGACGGCGUGCUCGCGCAGGACGAGACGCAGGCCAAGGCCCUCUGGAGCUGGCGCGAGGGCAUCCCCGAGUGCCUCGGCCACUGGGGCGGCACGUACAAGUACGACGUGUCCAUCCCCAUUGCCGACAUGUACAGGCUCGUCGAGGACACGAACGAGCGCAUGCGCGCGGCGGGCCUCGUCGGCGACACGGACGAGUUCCCCGUCGUCGGCGUCGUCGGCUACGGCCACAUGGGCGACUCGAACCUGCACCUCAACGCCGCCGUGCGGCGGUACGAUCCGCGCGUCGAGGAGGUGCUCGAGCCGUUCGUCUACGAGUGGAUCCAGAAGCGCAACGGCAGCAUCAGCGCCGAGCACGGCCUGGGCGUGGCCAAGAAGAAGUUUAUCGGCUACAGCCGAUCCGACAGCAUGAUCGGCCUCAUGAAGGGCAUCAAGAACCUCUAUGAUCCGAAUGGCAUCAUGAACCCGUACAAAUACAUCUGA